UAAUUUUCGGAGCAAGACUUGAAUAAUUUUUAUCUUUCACAUAAUUUUAGAAACUUCUGUCAAUGGGUAUAAAUAUCAAUGUAGAGAGGGACAUAGAAAAAUAUUUGGAGAUUUCUACAAAAGAUCCUGAACUUGAGCACUGGACUUAUUCAUGCAUCUCUGUGUUAUGCCAUGUGUUUAACUUUUCCUGCAGCAGAUUUAAUUCCACUCUUGAAAGGGAUCAAUGUAUUCUAAAAUACAGUCAUUCAGAUUCACAGGAAGAAAUUCAUCAUUUGUUGCUUACACCAGAAAAAGCAGUAGAAGUUAAAUGCAGUGAAACUCAAACAAAAUUUUGCGAUGAACCUGUAGAAAACCAGAAAUUUUACAGUGACUUGUAUCAAAUAGUAACUGAAAGAUGUGAAGAACCUUUUUCCUUGGCAAAGGAUUGUGCAUUCGUUAAUUCAGUGUACUUUUUAUUGAGUUCAUGUAAAUUGCUAAGUUGCUCAUAGACAAUAUGAAAAUAUCCAAAGUAUAUUAUUGUGAUGAAAUUAUAGAUGCAUAUAUGUUGAAGUACAUGUACUAAAAUAAAAGGAAAUUCCACCCGUCCAAAAAAUUCAUGAAUUUAUCAAUAAACUGAC